AUGGGUCGUUGCACCCACAAUUUGAAAAUCUUACACUUUUGGGAGCUUUUUACACAAGUGAGUUACAAAGCAGAAUACUUAAAAAGGGACGGAGGGAGUAGCAGCUUAUACAAGGUAAGGCUUGAGGGAAACCAACUUUCGGGAAACAUAUCAGAAGAUUUUGGAAUAUACCUGAAUUUGAAUUAUAUUGACUUGAGCGACUACAAUUUCUACGGCGAACUCUCACCAAGAUGGGGAAAGCGUAAAAAUUUAACAAGUCUCAAAAUGUCCAACAAUAAUAUUUCUAGAGGGAUACCCCUUGCAUUGGUAGAGGCAACUCAACUUUCUUUACUUGAUCUCUCUUCAAAUCAUUUAGUGGGAGAGAUCCCAACAAAAUUCGAUAGUUUGGUUUCUUUGUUCGACCUUAAGUUGAAUGACAACCAACUAUCAGGUAAUAUUCCUCCAGAACUCGGCGGCCUUCCAAACUUAGUGACUCUAAAUUUGGCAGCUAACAAAUUAAGUGGCUCAAUCCCUCAAGAGCUAGGGGAUUGUAUGCAGCUAUUGAACUUGAGUUUGAGCAAUAAUAGACAUGGGGAAAACAUUCCUUUGGAACUAGGUCAACUCCAUGGCCUUGAAAGUCUUGAUUUUGGUGAUAACUUGUUGUCAAGUAAAAUACCCGAGCAGUUUGGAGCGCUACAAAGGUUGAAAACGCUAAAUCUCUCCCACAAUGAGCUCGAUGGUUUCUUACCAUCUUCUUUUGAUAGUAUGUUGGCUCUUUCAUCAGUUGAUAUAUCUAACAAUCAAAUGGAGGGCCCUCUUCCUCAUAUCAGAGCCUUUCAAGAGGCUCCAUUUGAGUCACUUCGAGGCCUGCCAACUUCAUGGGGUUCCUAG